CAAGAAUAAUUAGAACUGAAUCACUUUCACGUAAUACCUAACCUAACAAAUCGCCGAAAAUAUAAAUAGAUAGUUAAAUAUACAGUCUAGCCUCACUGCCGAUGAAUUGGAUACAUUGAAUUUGUUUCUAACAAAGCUUGAUUUUAUUCUAAUGUUCGCCAGUUCAGUUACAGCUGGCUAGAUUUCGCAGUAGGUGAAGCUUAUCAGUAGGAAGCAGAUAGCUCGACAGAAAAGCUAACCAAGCUAUGCUCAGUCAGUCUGAAGAUUCCUCAAGUUCUAUAAGGCAAGAAACAGAUUCUAUUUCUACGGAAUUCAAUUGUUUGGAAGGCGAAGACGACCCGUUUAUAAACAGUCUAUGGGGAAUACACAAAACUUUAGAUGCUCUGCGUGGAAACAUGAACAAACAACAACUGGACAGCGGAGAUACCGUGGAAGAGUCGUCUGAUGUCGAAGAGACAGUCCUCCCACCUACCUACAUUGUCCUGCAGGUUUCUUCAGAUAUCCCAGAGAAAACUUUACUUUGGCUCAUAGACAAGAUUAGAGGCAAGAAACGUGAUGGUGGUGGCGAACUCAUCGUUAUGAAGCAGCUUUGCAACCCAGAGGAUGGCUACGUUCUCCACCUGUCAGCUUCCAAGAUCAAGUUCCUGGAAGUAGCCGAGGACAUGGAGCUGAUAAAGCAAGACCGCAACGGUCAGAUGCGGGAGUUCACCGUGGCGCAACUGGAAGACUUCCUGCCGGAAGAUAUGCACGUGGAAGACCUCCUCACCAUGGCGGAGAGGCAGAACAUCGUGAGGCACGAAUUGGAGAAUAUCAGGGCUCUUGCAGAGGACGACCAUAUACCCGGCUAUCCCACCUACACUCUCUACGAAGGUCAGUCUAUCUUCCAGGUGCUGCAGAUGUACGAAAUCGUCACCAAGAUGUUCCCCUUGCACGACGACGAAACCUUGAAAAAGUUGGGGAGGAGCUGGUACAUGUCGGUGUUCAAAAAGCAGCCGUUUGAGGAGAUAAGGCUUUACUUCGGAGAGGCAAUCGCGCUCUACUUCCACUUCCUGUCGUUCUAUACUUCUGCUCUCCUGGUGCCGGUAGUUCUAGGUUUCCUUCAGCUGCUAGUGUCCACCGAAACAGUGCCAUUCUUCUGCGCGUUCAACAUGGUAUCGGUUAUUCUUUUCCUUGAGAUAUGGAAAAGGAACGGCAACGAAUUAGCUUUUAAAUGGGGUACUAUAGGCAUGACGAGUAUGGAUGAACCAAGACCAAAUUUCAGGGGCGCUAUGGGAAUAGACGCUAUUACGGGCAAAAUUCAACCACAAGCUCCUAGAUAUAUGACUUAUAUUAAGAUGUACGCAGUCUCCAUUCCCAUAGUGCUGAUGUGCAUGGUGGGCGCCUUCAUCGUAAUGUUGUUCUCCUUCUGGGCGGAAGAUUACAUAAAGCAGUCAGACGAGGAAACCCAACGAUACAUCAUGCUCCCAAGUGUCAUCUACUCCAUCGUGGUCUUCAUCAUGAACACUUACUACAGGAGACUGGCCACCUUCCUCACGGAAUGGGAGAACCAUCGAACUCAAUCCCAAUACGAGCGACACAGGGUGACAAAACUUGUCCUUUUCGAGUUCGUCAACAACUUCCUGUCGCUGUUCUACAUCGCCUUCAUUAUCAGGGACAUGGACAUGCUCAAGAGCCAGCUGCAGACGAUGCUGAUCAUAUCGCAGGCUAUUAACAACCUGCAGGAGACGGUUAUGCCGCUCGCCUACAGAUAUUACAUCAUGAAGGUGCUACGCCUGAAGCAAAAACUCCUAGAAAAACCCUCUCCUUCCAACCAACCUAAAGUCUUCCGAGACAACAUGUUGGUGCCGAAGCAACCCCUAUCAAACAUUAACAUUCCUACGAUCCAACCGGACGACCUGCGGAUCAAGCAAGCCAUGGAGGAAGCGGAGAUGGAAGCGUAUGAAGGCACUUACGACGACUACCUGGAGCUCUUCAUACAGUUCGGCUACGUGUUCUUGUUUUCCUCGGUGUACCCAGUGGCAGCUUUUUGGGCCCUGCUCAACAACGUGGUGGAGAUCCGAGCGGACGCUUUCAAGCUGUGCAAGGUAUUCCAGAGGCCGAUGAGUCGAAAGGUGAAGGAUAUAGGUGCCUGGCAAAGAGCGUUUGAGGUAGUUGGGGCGCUAUCCAUCUUCACCAACUGCGGUCUGCUUUAUCUGAGCCCUCAGAUUAGGAGAAGGGCUCAGGACUUCAGCGAAGUGCAAUGGUUGCUGCUGUUCGUCUUCCUGGAGCAUCUCCUUCUAGGCAUCCGGUACCUGCUACACAUAGCCAUCUCGGACAAGCCGGAGUGGGUAAGGGUGGCUCUAGCUAAGAGGAAUCACGAGUCAAAGCAGGCUUUGAAGUUUGAAAGGGCGCAAAAGAACAGGCGAUUGCUAACGAGGAAGUUCAAGACGGUCCAUGGUCGUCACGCCCAUUGACUCUCCCAGUACCGUAGUCUAACCUGCGGCAGCUAUAAUCGAAUUUUUGUCCUGUGUACAAUGGCCUUUCAGCGGCUCCUUACUCCCAGGAGGUUGCGUGACUGUAUCUUCCUGCGGGAUAACGCGUGUUCAUAAAGGGCACACCUGUGGAGCCUCUGGGUGUGUAGUUGCUAACGUGUUGUGUGUAAUUUUGUACAGUUUUUACAAUAAAGUAGCAUAGAA